AUGGUGGUUGAAAUAACAUAUCUAUGUCAUAAGAGAUAUGCUAUAAUUAUAGAAAUGGAUCCAUUACCACUUAGAUUUAAAUAUUUAUUUUUAGAGGAAAAAGAUCCACGUGGUUUGAUAGAUGUUAUCAAAGCAAGAGAGUAUGCAGCUUUCAUUUCAAAGUUGGCACUUCGUCAACAUGAAGAAGAGGAGAAAUAUACUGAGAAAUCUAGUAGCAGAGAAUCGGAAUCAUUCAACUAUUCAAACUUUUAUGAAAUCCUAUGGAAUUUCCUUAGAUCCAAUACCUAUCGCUAUAUUAUCUUUGUUUUGAGUUUCAUAACGUUGGAUGUCUUUUCGCUACUGAAGCGAUUGGUUCACAGAGUGGAACGACUCAAUGUCUACGAGCAGCCGGUCUUCAAUAUGAGUUUGGAGAUAUUGAUCGAGCUGAAACAGCGUGAUGCCAUUUCAAGGAAAAUUCAACUGUACCGACUGAAAACCAACCAGGACGAAGGUAUGCAACAACGAUUCCAAGAUUAUGUGGAUAACGUUUGUCCGUUGAUGGAUUGCUUUCCGGAGAAUGUCCACCAGAUGCCGUUGAAUAAACACGUCAGAGUCGAUUCAGACAUCCUCUCAAUGCUCACCUCGAAACCACAGGAAAUCUAUGUAUCAGUUCCACACUACCAGCAAUUCGUUGACCAAUUCGAGAUCUUCUCGAGACGUGUUCUUCGCAAUGUAACUUGGAAUCUCGGAGAGAGUUCGCGUGUGGUUGUCGCCGGUGGAUCGGUAGUGGCGGCACUCACUAUGUAUGCAGGCUACACAGAUUACCUGGCUUUCAGUUGGACACGUCGUAUCCUUGGUAAACUCCUUCCACAGAUCAUUGUUAGAUAUAUUAUGGAUCUGUUGGAACUCGAUGGGAAUUGGUUUGUUCGGGUGGUUCAAGAUCAUUUCAGUAUGAAAUGGUCGGAAUCCGAUAUCGAUUUGUUUGUCAUGGCUACUUCACUCGACGAUGCCAAAAAGCAUAUCAAUCUGCUACUCCAAGAGAUAACUCCAUGCAUUCCAGUGGACUACAUGAUUGUUCAUACAGACCGAUCGAUUACCAUUGCGCCAGAGUAUCCUUAUCGUCCCAUACAGCUGAUAACCUCGAUACAGAACGGUCCACAAGAUCUACUGAUUCCAUUCGAUUUGGACUGUGUAGCGUUUGUCUACGAGCCAACCUACAAACAUGUCUUCACGCUUGACCGUGGAAUUCGUGCGUUCAAUACAUCGAUCAAUGUGAUUCCAACACACCUGUGGCCAAAGAGUGGUUCGCGUGCAUUCAAAUACGAAACAAGAGGAUUCCACCCACUGCCAUUCUACGAUCCAAAGUGUAUGCACAACACCGUUUGUUGUGAUCACCGCUCCGAUUUGAAUCAAUAUAGACACAGAACGUUCUACAAGUCACACAGCUUCCCUUACCACAGCGGAAUCGAAGCGGUCGAAGCCUAUUGCCGUGAGAAAAAGUUGACCUAUUUCAGUAGAUUGGACACCAAAUUCGAAGAGUAUUUCAAUAGUAAAAUACAGUUUGAUUGGAGCCAUAAUUACGAUGCCGUUAUUUGGAAGUUUAAUUGCUAUCAGUGUAACACCCCACUUCCUGAAGAGUUGGUAAGCACUGUCCAUGUUCUGUGUGAACCUUGCAGACAGGUGAAUGAAGACAAAUGGAACCAAUGGGACGAAUUUAAAUUCCAUGAUAAAAAGUAUGCAUUGGUUACUGGUGGACGUUCGAAAAUUGGAUUCGAAACAGUUCUCCGGCUGUUGAGAAGUGGAAUCCAUGUUAUUACUACAACUAGAUACCAACUGGUGACACAAGUUCGUUACGCAAAAGAAUUGGAUUACGAGAAAUGGGCAGAUCGUCUCUUUAUUUUCAUGGUUGAUUUCUCCAAACAAAAUGCAGUGGAGUCACUCGUAAAGUUUGUCAAGUCAAAAUGUCAGAGACUGGAUAUUCUAAUCAAUAAUGCCAUCGUUGUAAAUAGAACAUCAUCUAAACUCUCUGAAUCACUUAGAAUUUCAGAACAAAGAAUGGUGGAAUCGAUUGUAUAUGCCAACGAAAUGAUGGAUCAAGAAGAUGAUGAAUGUAACAACAAGAAAACCGAUGUAAAUUUAGAUCAAAUGUUAGUUGGUGAAAUGCUGGAUAAUAUGUCAAUAGAUGAAGAUGAACCAUUUACAUUUGAAUCAGUUAUCGAUAUCCAAAAGAUCAAUACAGUUGUACCGAUUCAAUUGAUUACACAGUUAAGUUCCAUUAUGGGUGGUACAAGCAGUAACAAUCAGUAUUCAUGUAUUGUUAAUCUCUCGUCGAACGGUGGAAGUAACAAAAAAUCAACAUCGAAACUCGAAGCGAGUGAUCCUGGCAACAUUGAAUUCUUUUCAAACCUAUCGGUUGCACGUAAACAACUUAAUAGUAUUACAUGUUCAUUGGCAUCUGGAUACCUAGCGAGACGUAUCUACAUUUGUGCAGUCGAUCCAGGUUGGGUUGCAAAGAAAAUUCCAUAUUCCAAUAUCCUAUCGAUAGGACCUUUGAAAAUGCGUGAUGGAGCAUCACGUAUACUCGAUCCCAUCUACAAACGAUUACAAAACAUAUCUCAAUAUGAAAGUGGUGUAUUAUUUAAAAACUAUAUUCCUGUAAAGUGGAACAAAAAAUAA